ACCCAAACAAGUAAUUUACAAUUUUAAAUAGAUAGCGAAAAGCGACGAUGUCAAGUGCAGUGUCACCAUUUCCUCUCGAGGAGGAGUACCAGAAGGACACGGGCAUCACUCCAGAGGAUAUACGAAAGCUCAGAGAAUGGUUAAAGACUCAGCCCCAUCUUCCAGCCGAUUAUAUCACAGACAUGGACCUGAUUCUUGCGUACCGCAGCUGCGACCGCAGCUACGAAGUGUCAAAGCAGCUGCUUGACCUGAACUUCACGCUAAAAACGUUAUUCACGGACUUCUUCAAGGAUCGUAAGGUCGACCAUCGGAUUGACGCGGCUUUAAAGUCUAUAUUAGUGACACCUUUACCAAGCCGCACCAACGACGGCUACGGAGUAUUGUACGCCACGUUUAUGAACAGCGACUGGAAGAGUUUCUUAUUGCCCGAUAUUAUCAAGACAGUAAUAAUGGUGAUAGACAUCUGGCAGUACGAGGAAGGCUCAUGGCCAGGCUUCAUCAUUCUCUUUGAUCUAAAGAACAUGAGUCUCGGACACCUCACUAAGUUAGAUCUUAAUAGUGUACGACACUAUUUGUAUUACUUGCAGGAAGCCCUCCUUGCGAACCUUCGUGGAGUACACUACCUGAAUGCGCCAGCUUAUAUGGAUAAACUCAUGUCGAUAGUACGUCCGUUCAUGAGUAACUCGCUUCUGAACGUGUUGUAUGUACACCAACCCGAGUCCGCUACUCUACAGCCUUAUUUCCCUAGUGAAGAAUUGCCUAAGGAGUCUGGAGGGAAUUUUAAAAGUGUUCAUGUUCUAAAAGAUGAGAUCUUGUCAAAGCUGUACGCAAGCUCGGCUUUCUUUGAAGAGGAAAACAAGAAGCGAGUGACGGAGUCCUUACGACCAGAUAAGCCCAAGACAAUAUCCGACUUCUUCGGAAGUGUGGAAGGAACCUUCAAGAAGCUAGAGUUCGAUUGAAGUAAGAAUAGACGAAAGUUUGUAAGAAUGAAUGAAUUCUUUUAGGAGG